AUGACAUCCAUCUUGUAUGAACAAUCAACAGAUGAUAUUAAUCUUCAGACAGCAACGCCACACUAUGCCUCUGUGAUAUUUAGCAAUAUAUCCAGUGACCAAGCUUACAGGGAGCUGGUGAAGGUAGGAGGGUACCAUGUUCCACAGGAAUGCAGACCAAGACACAAGGUGGCGAUUCUAGUCCCGUUCAGCUCGGCUUUUCACACUUUUUUCGGCGGCGUUAGUUCUAUGACAAAGAAACAAUUUGUUCGUGUCAAUGGAUAUUCCAAUUUAUAUUGGGGUUGGGGCGGUGAAGAUACUGAUAUGUUUUGGAGGAUAAGAGGCGCUGGCUUCCCUAUGGUCCGAUACCAAAAAGAUAUUGCCAAAUAUUUGUCUUUGCCGCAUAAUAAGAUUGAGGAAUGUAAAAAUAGAAAUGAGUUGGUGAGGACUGCUAUAGCUCGAUAUUCCUAUGAUGGCUUGACAACAUUGCAGUACAAAGUGAUAUCAUUGAAAUUCCUACACCUAUACACUCAUAUCUUGGUCGAUGUUGAUCCUGUAUCAAAUAAAACCUCAAAAUAA